GCGUAUUUAAGCUAGCAGUCGUUGAACAUCUCGUCACUCGUAACCAGGAGCUCGAUUCCGAAUAACCCAGAGUUACAGGACUUCUAUUCCUUCGUUAAACCACAUUCAAGAUGAGGUUCUACUCAAUCGUUUUGCUGGUUGUAACCAUCGCUGCUGUUCACAGUAUCGAGAUAGGGAAAUCGGUGAAGGAGAGUGUCGGAGAGCUGAAUAAGGGACAACUGCGAUACGUAAUUUACUCACUGAAAGACGGAGUUCAAUCCGAUGUGGAAGAUAGCGGACCACCAAGUGAAUCGUUCAAGGAUAUGGCGGCGAAGAUAGGCAAACAUGAUGAUUCUCGCUAUGGAAUGAUCGACUACGAAUACGAAGAGAACGGCUCUCCAGUCAAGAAACGAGUGCUGAUCCUCUGGAGCCCGGAAACCGCGACAGCGGCAGAAAAAGAGAUUUUCCGCAACGCGUACGACGAGAAACACGCUGCAGCAGCUGGCAUUGAUUACUUUGUCCAAUUCAACGAGAAGAGUGAACUGAUCGACGAGAACCUAAUUGCUAAACUGAAGGUAGCUCCAGCCAUUCCUAAGGCAUAAAAUGGAAGGAAGUAAUCUUAAUGGAAUGCUAUAGUCUGUUCUUAGCGACUGCGUUGAACGUCGUAUUCUACAUGCAAUUCUGAACAAAAACACACCAAUUAAUUGUUGCGUUCAAUCAAAAUAAGGUGCCACAAUUUUGUUCAGAAUGGUACGUAGAAUCCGGCUGUUACACCCAUUUUGCGUUCGUGAGCCGUGAACUUGGACAUUUAGAUAUAUCUGAGUCCAUGCUGAAAUCGAGUGUAGCAUCUCCUUAAGACAAUUACCGUACGACGGUGAAUCGAGGCAUACAAUUGCUUUUGGUAUAUUCAUUCCAAGCUUUUACUUAUUGUAAGAUAAAUGUAUAAUCCCUGCGCCACGUGGCUACCGAUGUGGCCGCGUAUGCAUAACAAUAAAGCAUUUCGAAUUAAGCCAAAAA